GAGCUUUCAGUGUGAUCAAGGCAGGAAAACAAGGUGGACGAGGUCGUUGUCCUUAGUGGAUGUGCGUUGUAAUGUUCACUUAACCUGUUGCAUUCAAGUGUUGAUAGUGGGAGCAAGCUAGUUGUUUUUAUCUUGUCUUUUUAAUAUUAUUUAACUUAAACGAACUCGCGAUGACCCAACUCAUACAUCUACUCUCCGCAACAGCCUGGUUUUGGACCUUUUCGAUUGGUUUUUUGGUGUCAAUCGUCACAUCAAUAACCCUACUUUUUUGCCCCACGUUUCGAUGGAUAAUCCUGUUGUACGCUGCAUGGAUAUGGUACGACCGAAAAACGCCCCAUCGUGGAGGAAGACCCAUUCAGUGGAUGCGCCAAUCCUUCUGGUGGCGUUCCAUGAAGUUCUACUUUAGCCACAAGUUAAUAACCAACGAGGAUGUUGUUUUAAAUCCAAAGAAGAACUACUUGUUUGGGUGCUUUCCACACGGAAUAUUUCCAGUGGGGCCUUUUGCCACGUUGGUGGAUGGGUACCAAGCUACUUACCCCAACCACAGGACGUACUUGACGGCUUUAGAUAUCCAGUUUUGGCUGCCUUUUAUUAGGGAGCUUUUCCUGUCGGUUGGGUCAGUUUCGAUAUCCGGGCCAUCGAUUAAGUACCUUUUAGGGAAUGAAAAUGGCGGGAAUAUAGUGUCCAUUGUAAUCGGUGGUGCCGAUGAGGCUCAGUACAGCAGACCCGGGAAAUACAAAAUCAUUCUAAAUAAGAGAAAAGGUUUCGUGAAGAUGGCGCUACAGACGGGAUGUUCGUUAGUUCCGGUGAUAAGUUUCGGCGAAACGGAUGUUUUUGAUCAGUUCACUUUUCCGGGAUUUGGUUGUAUUCGAGAGGUGGUGAAGAAAACUCUGCAAAUUGGGCUUACUAUUCCAAAGGGGACUUGCUUGGUGUGUCCUAAUCAGGUACCAAUCGUGACUGUUGUUGGAGACCCUAUUGAUGUAACCAAGAUUGAAAAACCUACUACGGAACAGAUAGAAGCGUUGCAUCAACAGUUUGUUGAAAGCAUAAAGACCCUGUUUGAAAAUUACAAACACAGAUAUGUUAAAGAUCCUGAAAAUGUGUUCCUAGAAGUUGUUUGAAUGGGAAAUAUUUAGGGUGGAGGUGCGCUCCGCUAUUGAGUGCUUGUUUAGUGGGUUGCGUUUUGUUUUUUAUUAUUGUGUUGGUGUUACUGAUUUUAUUUUUAUAUUAAGGAGUAUUUAUUAUAUUUGUUUUCCUAUUUUUGAUGUAUUGCGCUUUAUACAAAAUAUACAGUCAAACUACA